AUUGUAAAUGGCGGGCGUUUCGAAUUCAUAACAUUGAAGAAAUAGGAAAAAAUUGAAAAUUGCGAUAUUAAUGCAUUAUAGAAAUUUAAAUUAAUAUAAAAGUAAUUUGUAUUAAAUCAGAAAUCGUUAUUAAAAUGGAUAAAUUUAAUCUUAUUCGAGAAAAUUUAAUAGAUAUUGUAAAAUGCUUUGCAAAAGAAAAUUAUCGAAAAGAUUUAGAAGCCAUUCUUAUGAUGCCCGAUAUUAUCCAUCAUUAUGCAGUUGUUGUUUGUGCUAAGAAAAUGUUUGAUAUUAAUACUGAAAUUGCACAUUCACUUUUGACAAAUGCUGAUGAAAUGUUAAAACUAAUUAAAAAUUCAUUUAAACAAGCUGCUAUAGAAAUUUACAAUACUCAUUCCAAUAAGGAAAAAAUGUGUUUAAAACCAAAUAUUCAUGUACGGCUUUCUGAAUUUCCUGCGUGUGCUGAAAUUUAUCGAAGUAUACUCCCAAAAUGUGCUGACAUUGGAAAAUUUGUUAUUAUAACAGUUAGAUUAACGAAGAGUAUUUUAACAGAGUAA